UUUGGGUGCAUGGGACCUUAGGAGAGGCUGGGGUACAGCAAGGCUGGGUAGGAACUGAGAGAUACCUGUGUGGCUUGCAGGUUUACUUCAAGGAUACCCAUCCCAAGUUUCCUGCUGGAGGGAAGAUGUCCCAGUACCUGGAAAACAUGAAUAUUGGAGACACCAUUGAAUUCCGGGGCCCCAAUGGGCUGCUGGUCUACCAGGGCAAAGGGAAAUUCGCCAUCCGUGCAGACAAGAAGUCCAACCCUGUUGUCAGGACAGUGAAGUCUGUAGGCAUGAUUGCAGGAGGGACAGGUAUCACCCCAAUGCUACAAGUGAUCCGUGCUGUCAUGAAGGACCCAAAUGACCACACUGUGUGCUACCUGCUCUUUGCCAACCAGGUC